UGUGAUGUCCACGUCACAGUGGCUCCUUUUUUUUGUUGCAAUCGUCUGCUCCAAUUUGCCAUUGUUGGUAUAAUGCCAUUCUUGUUGCUAUCAAACCCUAAUUUUACCCCAAAUGGGCCCCUUUCAUACAUUAUCUUUAACGCCUAGGUCAACCAAUUCUUGCAAUGGCCAUAACAAGAAUUCCUAAUUUAACCAUAAUUCUUGCAUUGAAUCUUUGGAACCCUAUUAAAUUUUUUCAUGGGAGUGGUUGGCUCUUAGUGUUUUUUAGAGCCAAGAACUGGAGACUGGCCCAUUGCUUUCCCCAUAUUUCUUAUUUAUUUUAGGGGUUGAAUUUGUAAAACUGAUCAUUCAAAUUUAUUGUGGGAAAAUGGAGGUUUUUGUGUGAAUACUUUUGAUGGCAUGGGAUCUCAUUUUAGAUGCUAUUGUAUGCCUCUGAGUGAGAAAUUCGGGUGAGGAAUACAUUAACAAAAUUACGGUUUCUGCUGGGAUUCUUCUGAUUCUGGGUUUCUGAAUAGCUCAUAGAUAAGAAGAAUUUUGAGUUUUUAUUGUUGAUUGUUCGGUUUGGAGAUGGCGAGUGUGAGUCUUCGUGUCAAGAAGGCCACCAAUGAUCUGCUCAUUGGUCCAGACUGGUCUCUGAACUUAGAAAUAUGUGAUAUGCUCAAUUCUAGGAAAUGGCAUGCAAAAGAUGUGCUGAAAUCAGUAAAAAGACGAAUUCAGAAUAAAAACCCAAAGGUUCAGAUGGUUUCACUGACACUGUUGGAGACAAUAAUGAAAAAUUGUGGUGAACUUGUGCACCAUCAAGUCGUUGAGGGGUGUAUCCUUCAAGAGAUGAUCAAAAUUGUUAAGAGAACUACGGAUAUGCAUGUGAGGGAUAAGAUACUGGUGCUGUUAGACUCCUGGCAGAAAGCUUUUGGCGGUCCUGGAGGAAAGAAUCCACAAUUUUUCUGGGCCUGUAGUGAACUGAGGCAAUCUGGCAUGGAGUUCCCCAAACAGUCAGAUAAGAUGGUUCCAAUAUUCACUCCCCCACUGAGACACUCUGCCAGAAUCCAAUCUCAUGCAAAUUAUGGGUUGUCUGUCCAUGUUGUAAGACAACUUGAUGAAGUUAUGGCAUCUGAGAUGAAGGGCUUGAGUUUAUCAGAUAUGGAGCAUUCUCAACAUGUAAUGGUGCUCUUAUCUGAUAUGUUGAAUGCAGCAAAUCCGAAUUCUCGUGAGUCUGUUAAGGAUGACGUGAUAGAGGAUCUUGUCAACCAAUGUCGUACAAAUCAGAGAAGGCUCAUGCAGCUGAUUGACACCACCAUGGACGAGGACCUUCUCAAAGAAGGUCUUUCUCUGAAUGAUAAAUUGCAAUAUUUGCUAGCAAAGCAUGAUGCCAUAGCCUUGGGUGCUCCUCUCCCUCCUAAACUAGUUGAAUCUAGCCCACAAAGCACUUCUUCCCUCACAGUGGUCAAAAACAGUGAAGCUAAAGAAGAACAUGAAGACGAUGAUGAUGGUUUUGCUCAGCUGGCACGCAGGUCUUCAAGGGCAACAAGCACAGCGACCCGAGUUAUUGAAAAAGCUAGUAAUGCUGAUGUUUCUUCAUCAUCCCUUGUUGAUGCUUCAGCCUCAAGCAACUCACCAUCAGGUCAGCUGGUUGUACUUGAACGCCCACAACCAAUGAAAUUCAGACAAGAUGAACCCAACGGCAUGAUCAAUCUCUUUGAUAGUAACCCACAUCCCGUUGCAUCUUUUUCACAACCAUUCUCACAAGUCCCUGCUCGGAUGGGUCAUUCUUAUGUUCAGAGGUCUCAAUCAAACUCCUAUUAUCGAUGGAAUUUGCCCCAAAACAACUAUGUUGCUCCUUGGGCAUUGAAUUAUGUGCAUGGUAAGACCCGAUCAAGUGGCACCUCUGAGGAUAAAGAACAGUCUGAAGAUCGAUCCACGCCACAUGCCUAUCCACCCCCACCAUGGGCUCUUGGAAAUCGCAGCCCUAUUCCUCUUCUUACGCCUUCUCAAAGCUUGUACAGAAGCAACCGGAAUCCUAGUUUUCCUGCACCAACUUUGCCAGGAUUGCGUAAUUCUGGCAGCUCAAGAGGUGGCAUGCUUGCCUUAGAUGUCAAAUCUGAGACAACUGCAUCAGAUUGGGUGAAUGGGCAGGCAUCAUCUCCGAAAAAAUUUGUUCAUCCAAGAAGGCUUGUUGGUGACCAUGUUGGUAUAAACAAUACGAUAAUGAUAAACAGGACUACAGAUGGUUCUUCUAUAUGAACUGGAAGUAACAUUAGUGGCGGUAAGUGAAUCCACUUUGUAUGUUGUGAAAAAUGGAACUGUUGUAUAUAUUGUGAUAUAUAUAAGGUGCAACUUGGCUGGAACAAAUAACUUAAAAAUGUAUGGUUGCCACCCAAGAUCCAUGAGGAUCAUGUAAUUCAAUGAAUAUGUUAAUGAA